ACCCCCGAGAGUUUGUCAUCAUCAUAAUAAGUUCGAAUGUAAUUCUAUACGCUCUGGCUGGUUUUCCGCGGUUGGAUCACUGAUCUGAGCCAAACAAACACGCGGAAUGACAAAUAUUGGGUAUCGAAACCAUACGGGACAUUCGUACCGCCUGGGGAAUACCUUCCCGUCCAAGCAGUGGAAAUCGACGUGUUAGCAUCGUAAUUAUUUUGUUUGUGCGUACUCGGAGUUGAGCAGCCUGCAACAAUACCACUCAUAAAAUAGAAGCCCAUCGAAAGCUGACGGAAGGUGUGCGAGUUGUGUACAGUCAGCGAUUCUGAGGGACCGGGAUUCCACAACAAGACACAACACUCACCAUUAUCAUCUUCAUCAAUACGGUGCGGUAUCUGCGGUGUUUUACCUGUAUAGGACGCAUUUUGUAGCAAAAGUGAACAUACUUCCUUGAUGUGUUUUGGAACGCCCACAGAACCGUUACUUCAAGUGCCAAAGCCAGCAGGAUUCGUUUUCGCACAUUCAACACUAACGCGAACAUUAGUAGCUGCACCAGCCGCGUAUGAUGCCCUGCCCGGGAUUAAAGGUUUCGCACGUGAUAUUUGUGAUCGUCAUACUGCUAACGAUAGUGUUCUAUUCGUCACUAAAUGGCCGGCAUUUCAUUCUCGAGCCGCGCCGUUAUGCAAACCAUCGCAAGAACGAUCCUAGCCCCCUGCCGAAUCGGACACUGGCGGCAACGGCCGCUGACAAGGCGUUAUCACCGGGUCUCGAACCCCCUAAGUGCAAUAUGUUACUGAUGGUCGUGCAGGGCUGCGGCACCAACAUGCUUACCAACACGCUUGACCGUGUGCAGCAGCAGGAAAGGAACCAAACGCAGCUUCAACACACACAACAACAGCAGCAACAGCAGCAGCAGCAUGAUCAGUCGGAACAGGAAACAGCUCCCGAGCAGGUGAACAACAUCCAGCGAAUACCAAAUCCUUCCGCGGUGAAGAUGUCGGCCGUGGUACAAGGAUCCUCUUCUUCCUCGUCAUCGUUAGCACCGGCACCGCAACCGACAGCACUGGAAGCGGACGGUGAGAAGGUGAUCAAAACACGCGACCUAUACCACUCCGGCCAUCUGCCGGACAGUGCGUGCGUAGCAAAUCUAUGCCCACGAAACGGUACCGACGUGACGCUUCUGAUACUCGUCACGUCCGCGCCAACGCACCGGGAACAGCGGCUUGCCAUACGGCAAUCCUGGGGCCACUAUGGCAGUCGGCGUGACAUUUCGAUCGGGUUCAUCGUGGGCCAAACGGAUGACGCACGUAUCGAGGAUCAGCUCGCGGCCGAAAGCUACAUGUACAGUGAUUUGAUACGGGGCAACUUUAUUGACAGCUACCGCAACCUAACGCUCAAAACCAUUUCACUGCUCGAAUGGACGAAGCUGCACUGUCCGAACGCGUCAUUUCUACUGAAAACGGACGAUGAUAUGUUCAUUAAUGUGCCGAAGCUGUUACAGUUUAUGGAAGCCCACGGUAAUCAGCGGCGGACGAUUUUCGGUCGGCUGGCAAAAAAGUGGAAACCGAUACGUAACAAAAAGUCUAAAUACUACGUCAGCCCGGAACAGUACUAUCCACCCGUAUUUCCACCAUUCACCACUGGGCCGGCGUAUCUGCUAACUGCCGACAUCAUCAAUGAAAUGUUCGAGAAAUCGCUCAGCCAAACGUACCUCAAGCUGGAGGACGUCUACACGACCGGCAUUGUAGCACAGUUGCUAAACAUUCAUCGGAUCAACGUGAAGGAAUUUCUCAACCGCCGGAUAGCGUUCAACCAAUGCAACAUCAAGAAGGCGAUUAGUAUCCACAUGGUCAAGAACAACGAGCAGCUUGAUCUAUGGAAGAAGCAGGUGGACACCAGCGUGUCAUGCACGUAGAAGUAUUGUUUUAUUCUUAUUAUAAUUUUUAUUGCUCGCGUUUUUACAUGGUUCCCCAAGCCCUUUAGUUUUCCUACCCUGGAUUUUCCCGCAAAAAAACAAAACUCCCCCAAGAUAUAAAAGACAACGUUCAGCACACUAUACCGUUCUACAAAGAAGAACGUAAAGAGGAAACAAUCACGAACAAAAAAAUAGGACGAUAAUAAAUUGAAACCUCUUUGUAAAUGUUAUUUCUAAAUACCCUUUAAAGAUCCUGUUUGUUUUUUCUAGAGAUUUGCUUGAUAAGCAACUAAAACAAAACGCACACACACAAAGCGUACGAGCAUGCCUUUUUUAAAAAGAAAACAGAAAUAUGUGAAUUAAUACAUUCCGUCGCUUUGAGGUGUGUUUGUAAAACGUAUACCCAUCUUCAAACGUGUGAAACUGUAUAGAAAUGCGCGUAUGCGUCUUUUCUGAAUAAAUCGAGUAAGUUUUUGUUGUGUGCUAGUUAAGUAAGCAUCGCGUGAUUAGAAUUGGGUCGGGAUUGUCUCUUGAGGCUGAAAUGGAUUUUAACCCCCUUCUCCACAUUUCCCAUUCCUUCAACCCAACCCACCUGUGUUCUUACCUUUUUGUUUUAGGGAAUGGGGGAAAAAAGCAUACCAGAAUACAGAAGACGAAAAGCGUACAUAAAAAAAGAUAUAUUUAUAUACACGUAUAUAUGUAAAACCCAUAUUUCUAAAGAACAUGUAUCACUCCACUACCGCAUCAAUAGCUAGAAGGCCGUGUUCCAAAAAAGAGGGGGGCUUGAAGUCAGCAUGAUUGUAUAAAAGCAAAGCAUAUUUUAUAUAGCAAUUCUCAUACGUUUUAAGGCUGUACAUAUAAGUUGCAUCCGCAACCACGCGGACGGAGAAGAAUCCCGUAGACGAUCGAGCGCACCCCUUCUCGGUCGGCGUUUGGGAUAAGACCACAGGAACAUGUAAGCGAAAACAGUGUAGCGUCCUAACGUUUUCUUUUCGCUGUGAUUAUAGGUUUCGUUUAACAGUUGUUCGCGAAAUUUACGUUAUUUAUCUCGGUUGUACGAAUAGUGUUAGCAACUGAUUUGUGCGAUGAAUAAAACGAUUCUUAUCGGUUACCUUUCGGUAACCGGUUCAUCGGU